AAUGCAGGGAACCCGAGUCCCGCCAAGCCGAGCCCCGCCAAGCCGAGCCCUGCCAACCCGAGCCCCGCCAAGCCGAGCCCCGCCAAGCCGAGCCCCGCCAACCCGAGCCCCGCCAACCCGAGCCCUGCCAAGCCAAGCGCUACCCUGGACGCUAGCACAUUGGAACAGCAUGGAGUAAAGAGAGAGGCUAACUGUGAGAACCAGGACCGAGCAGGUAAGACUGUGAAGAUGGAUGCUGACUUGCAGAGGAACCUGGCCAACAUCAGAGUCCACAUCAGCGAUCUUGGGAUGAAAGUGGGGGGAGGUGCCAUCCACGGAGACAUGAAGAAAGAGCCGGUGAAGGGCGCCCAGGUCAAAACAAGGUCAUAACAACCACGAGAGGAGCCAGACAACACAACUGACGUGUGAAUGUUGUAAAUAAACGUGUUUGUACGCUGACAAAGACAGAACGUCGUCACGUGUGCAUCAUGUAUCCUGUAAAUACAUCUUUUUUAUUCAUGAGGACGUUGGCGGUGUCGAGUCUGUUCUUUGUAAACGCCGUCACUUCCUGUCAUGUGCUUGUGUCGUUUUGUACUCGGCUUCCUGUCACCAAAAUAUUUAUUGUCCAAUAAAUCUGAAGAGCUGUCACCGUCACUGGUUGUCCCCUGCACUCAAACCUUACCUGUGACGUGGGCAGAGCUGCACAGGGGACAUCAAGCUCACCUGUGGUGAGAAGCAGGUGGAGGAGAUCCGCUCUGAUGAUGAAAUGAGUUUCUGUUUCUGUUUGGGUGGCUCUUUAUUAAACAUCUUAAAUAUUAAACAUCAGCAACAGAACCUCUG